AGAGUAUUGUAUUGGCAUCAAUAUAUAUAAUAAGAUGUAACUGACUGACCACCAUCUAUCCUCCAACUAUUUCAUCCCUCACAAACUUCCAAACAAAGAGAAUUAAUGGAAAGUGAGAUUUAGCAUGCUCAUGGCAGAUCUCUCUCUCAACCUAAAAACCCUCAUUCAUGGAGAUGAGCUUUGAUCGGGCGGGAUGCUCGACAUGACCAUGUUUUCGGCUGAGAAGCGGCGGUUUUGCGGAGGUUAUGGUGGCGGCGAGAGUUAUGUUUUGUCGAGGGUAGGAUCUGAUCUAGUUGGUGGCAUGGCGGAGGAUAAGGAAUUGCGUGUUGAGGAGGGGGAGGAGGAGUGGCUACAGCUGAGCAUCGGCGGCGGCGGAAGGCAAUUAGAUCUCGGGAAGAACAAUGGGUCGGGUUCAGGGUCGGGUUCGGGUCGGGUGGAGCUGGAGCUUAUGCCGAGCAGCAGUAGCUCAAAUACAAUGAGGCCCGAUUUUGUAGCCCCUCGACCCGUGUUCGCGGCGUCGCCGUUUUUGUUGCAACACCCGCAGCAGGAGAUUAACUGGACCUUUAGGCCUAUUCCCAUUUCUAGUCUAGCAGCGGCGCCGUCGCCCUCUUAUUUUGCGCGGCCCUUCCAGCUCUACGACGUCGGGGCCGCCCCGCCCGUGGAUUUCAGGGUCGUGCCGCCCCCGAGGCGCCCGCAUUCUGGCCUAUGGUUUAUGCUGCAAGCAUCGCACAAUCAGGAAAGAGAGCCAUUUCUGCCCCAGAUAUCCAAGAGCUACUUGAGAAUCAAGGAUGGGAGGAUGACGAUCCGACUGGUGAUAAAAUACCUGGUUAAUAAGCUUAGCUUGGAAAAUGAAUCAGAGAUAGAGAUAAGAUGCAAAGGACAAAGGCUUCUACCUUUCUUGACAUUGCAGCAUGUAAGGGAUAACAUUUGGAGUAGCCCAAGGGAUUUCAUCACUUUGCUUCCCAAUUCCUCAACUACUCAUCACAUUAUGGUGCUUCACUAUGCUAGAACCAAUCCUUCUAAUUAAAUAUUCCUACUCAAUUCAACCCGACUCGACUCGACUCAGCCAUCGAUUUUAACUCUAAGUUAUCGAUCAACUACUUUUUUUUCCUCCCUUAAUUCUCCUUUGUCUUUUGAUUUCGAUUUUAAUACUUGUAGGUAGUGGUUUGUUGUUUUCUUCACUCUCACUUUUCUUCUUUUUCUUUAAAUUAUUAUUUUGUCUUCCAAUACAAUACUAAUGAAGAGUAGGUUGAAGAAGCAAACCCCAUACAUGUAAAAGGUGUUGGGCUCUCGUGACUUGGCGUAACUUAUGUUGGCUUUGGAUUUUCAUUAAAUCUCUUAGCCAAUUUGAUUAGAGAAUUGUGUGUUUCGUCGAUAUAUGUAACUUCUUAUCUUUAUUCUA